GAGAAGCCUCCCUUGCUUAGGUGUUCUGACAUUACUGUUUUGCUGCAUGAGAAGAGGCUCCACACUUUCCCAUUGUUCUCAGAGCUAAGCCCAGCACAGCUGUUGUGUUGCUUUCCUGUUCCAAAAGGGAAGUGAGAAAUUUCCUCCACAUGUGUGCCGGCCCUUGAAUGCUCAGGUUUCACUCCCUAACCGGGAGCUGCCUGUAAUGAGCACUCAGUGGGAUUUGGAGAGAAGCUUCCAGCUGUGCCAAGAGUUGUUUCAUUUUGUGCCAGAGGAGGAGGGGGAGAAGAAAUCUGCGAAAAGGUGAAAUGUUGAUGGUGCGAAAACUGGUCUAAGGGUCUUGCAGUUGGGAAAAGCAAAAGAAAAGCAGAAGCAGAGGAAGGAACAAGGAACCAGGAUGGGAAACUUUUGCCAGAAGCACUGCCCCUGUUUGGAGCCUUACAUCCCCUGCUUGUUCCUGGGGACAAAAGAUGAGCAGGAUGACAAAGUGGGACAAGUCUUCGCCAACCUUGGUGUGGUAAGGCCUGACUUCCAAGCAGGACAGAAAGACCUAGAGAAUAAGAUAAAAGAGAAACCUUUACCUCCACUACCUGGCCAGCAUCUAGCGAACAUUUGCACCUUUGUGGCACUGUUUGACUACGACGCUCGCACUGAGGAGGACUUGAGCUUUCGAGUUGGGGAUAAGCUGGAAGUGCUGAAUGCAUCCCACGAGGGCUGGUGGUAUGCCAGGCUCCUCCUGCCAACGGGGUCAGUGUGUCCCGGACGCAAGCUCGAGGGCUACAUCCCUGCUAACUACAUAGCUGCUGACCAGAGCAUUGAAGCUGAGCCAUGGUUCUUUGGCCAAACCAAACGAGCAGAUGCCGAGAGACAACUGUCAUACCCUGGAAACCAGGCAGGAACCUUCCUAAUCCGAGAAAGCGAAAGUCUAAAAGGGGAAUACUCACUCUCAGUUUUUGAUGGUGCAUCUGUGAAGCACUACAGGAUCAGAAAGCUGGAUGAAGGAGGCUUUUUUCUAAGCAGAAGGAAAACUUUCAAAACUCUGAAUGACUUGGUUGACUAUUAUAGCAAGAACAGUGAUGGCCUCUGUGUGUUGCUCAAAAAGCCAUGCCUAAAGGUUCAAAUUCCUGCUACUUUUGAUUUGUCAUAUAAAACUGUUGAUCAGUGGGAGAUAGACAGACAAUCUCUGAAGUUGGUGAAAAAAUUAGGAUCUGGUCAGUUUGGUGAGGUAUGGGAAGGACGGUGGAAUAACAACAUCCCUGUGGCAAUCAAAACAUUAAAACCAGGUUCAAUGGAUCCAAAAGACUUUCUGAGGGAAGCACAAAUAAUGAAGAACUUGAGACAUCCAAAGCUUAUACAGCUUUAUGCUGUCUGUACCUUGGAGGACCCAAUUUAUAUUAUUACUGAGCUGAUGAGAUUUGGAAGUCUUCUAGAAUACCUUCAAAAAGAUGGAGGCUCUCAAAUCUUCCUGACGCAUCAAGUAGACAUGGCUGCUCAGGUGGCUUCUGGGAUGGCAUACCUUGAAUCUCAGAAUUAUAUCCAUCGGGAUCUGGCAGCCAGGAACGUUCUUGUUGGUGAACACAAUGUUUACAAAGUGGCAGACUUUGGACUUGCAAGAGUUUUUAAGGUAGAAAAUGAAAAUGUAUAUGAGGCUAGGACUGAAACAAAACUCCCAGUAAAAUGGACAGCCCCGGAGGCAAUCCGCUACAACAGAUUCAGUAUUAAAUCAGAUGUCUGGUCAUUUGGAAUACUUCUGUUUGAAAUAAUCACCUAUGGAAAGAUGCCUUACGCUGGUAUGCCAGGACACCAGGUGAUCCAGCUGCUGGAUGAUGGGUACAGGCUUCCUCAGCCAGAGACCUGCCCAGCGCCGCUCUACGAGAUGAUGCUGCGGUGCUGGAGCGCGGAUGUGGAUGGGCGACCCACCUUCGAUGCCCUCAGCAAGCAGCUGGAGGACUACUUUGAUGCUGAGUCCUAUUCCUAUGCCUAGGCACAGGCCACGGUGAAAGGAACCCCUCGGUGGGCCCUGAAGGAUAGGUGCUAGCCAACAUACAUGACAGGGGGCUGUGGAAUCAGCCUAAUCUCAGGCUUUGAGGUUACUUGGAGGUGCUGAGGAGUUCUGGUAUGUUUUCAUUCCCACGCUGAUCCUCAGAGACUCUUAAAUUUUUUUAAAAAAUAAAGUGUCUUCUAUUUAUUUUUAAAUAACAGAUUGCAAGAAUGAACAAAUGAAAUGAGUCUAGCUCGAUAACUAUUGUAAUUUUUUUCAUUUCUUCAUUGGAAUAAUUAUUUACUUUUGCUUAAAUUUUUCAUUCCUACCAGGUUGUUCUCAUGAAGUAGUGUGAUGGCUCCGCACAGCAGGAUCUGUGCUGCCAGAGUCUUCUCACUGUAAAAAAUAAUAAAAGUAAUCCUGUGACUGUGA